AAUUUUUUUCAAUGUUCUGGGUACCUUUUUUUUUUCGUUGCCUUUUCUCUCUUUUUCCCCUUCUUUUUCUUUUUUUUUUCUCUCUCCCUAACUACCAAAAAAAAAAAAAGAAUGAGCGUGGAUAAUAGCAUUCAUAGUCGUUUGGAGCAAUACCGUCGUACGUUUCAACAACAUGCUUCUGCUGAAAAAGGUGAGGAAAAGUUCAUGACAAAGGAUGACUUUUUAUCUGCUAUUGCACCGGGCGAAGACUUUCAAAAGAUCCAAAGGGAACAAUAUGAAUUGCUCUAUAAAUUAGCUGACCGUAACAGUACUGGAUCCAUCUCAUUUGACGACUUUGUUAUAUUCCAAGAUUUAUUAUCCAAGCCUGAUGCGGAGUAUGAAGUGGCUUUCCGUGUGUUUGACGUGAAUGGUACAGGUAAAGUCACAUUUGAUGGGUUUAAGAGUGUACUUUCCAGCAAUAUGCCUGGAGAUGCUGUACCCUUUGAUUUUGAUUGUGAUUGGCUCAAGUUGUACAUUGGUUCAAAGGAAGGAAAUCACGAAUUAUCUUAUCCCGAGUUUAGUCAAUUGAUCAAGGGUUUACAAGGUGAACGUCUUCGUCAAGAGUUUAAACAUUACGACAAGGAACAAUCAGGUUAUAUUCAACCCGAAGAUUUUAAAAAGAUUAUCUUGGAUGUAGCCAAACACAAAUUAUCUGAUGACGUGAUUGAUCAUUUACCUACACUUUGUAACCUCUACAGUGGAAACAAGAUUAGUUUCUCUUCUGUCGUUGCAUUUCAUAAUGUCAUUCGUAACAUUGAUAUGGUAGAAUCUGUUAUACGUAAAGCUAUAGAAAACAACCAAGAUAAAAAGAUUACCAAGUCAGAUUUCUUGAAACACGCACAUGAAGCCAGUCGUUACACUGCUUUUACACCCAUGGAAGUAGAUGUUAUCUUUCAUUUUGCUGGUGUAGAUGAUGAUUCUGGUGUACUUGGCUUUGAUGAUUUCGCACGUAUCUUGGAUCCUCGUUGGACUACCUCUGUUAAAACUGUAGAUCCUCCCCUUCCACUCACCGAAAAGAAGAAGGGUGGUUUCCUUUAUCAACUUGCUGAAGGUGCUUAUUCAUUCACCCUUGGCUCCAUUGCAGGUGCUGUUGGUGCCACCGCUGUAUACCCCAUUGAUUUAGUGAAAACACGUAUGCAAAAUCAACGUUCCAAAGUAGUUGGUGAACUCUUGUAUAAGAAUAGUUUGGACUGCUUCAAAAAGGUCUUGAAAAAUGAAGGUUUUGCCGGUUUAUACAGAGGUCUAGGUCCUCAACUUGUCGGUGUUGCACCGGAAAAGGCAAUCAAAUUAACCGUCAAUGACUUUGUACGUAAUAAAUUCAGUUCUGGACAAAACGGGGAAAUCAAGUUCUGGCAAGAGAUGGUAGGUGGUGGUGCUGCUGGUGCCUCUCAAGUCGUCUUUACCAAUCCUUUGGAAAUCGUUAAAAUUCGUCUUCAAAUUCAAGGUGAACAAGCCAAGAAUUUAACCGCCGAUGCUGCACCGCGUCGAUCCGCCAUCUGGAUUGUUAAGCAUUUGGGUAUCGUAGGUCUUUACAAGGGAGUCGCUGCCUGUCUCUUGCGUGAUGUUCCUUUCUCUGCCAUUUAUUUCCCCGCUUAUGCACAUUUAAAGAAGGAUCUCUUCAAGGAAGGUCCCGAACACAAAUUAGCCAUCUCUGAACUACUCAUGGCAGGUGCUAUUGCUGGUAUGCCUGCUGCUUAUUUCACUACCCCUGCUGAUGUCAUCAAGACACGUUUGCAAGUAGAGGCUCGUAAGGGUCAAACCACAUACAAUGGUAUUGCCGAUGCUGCUAAAAAGAUUUUUGCUGAAGAAGGUUUUAAGGCCUUCUUCAAGGGAGGUCCUGCUCGUAUUCUCCGUUCUUCACCUCAAUUUGGUGUGACCUUGACUGUAUAUGAACUCUUACAUCAAUUAGUGCCUCUUCCAGGUCAUGGCCCUGCUCCCACAACCACAGCUGCCGUAGCAAGUCAACCCACACAACAAACCAUCGAGAACAGAGCUAUCCUUCGUUCAACCAACGCAUUGAAAAUGUUGUUGGAUCUUGAUUAUAGAUUUGGUGUUUGUCCCAAAAAAUAACUAUUUAGAUAAAUGUACCCCUUUUUUUUUUUUUUUUUUUUUUUACAGACUUAUAAAUAUAUGUAUACAUGUGUAAUACUCCC